AUGCCUGACCGACCCUCCUUUGCUCAACUCCCAUUGCGUUCUUUGGAUCCUCCCUACUCCGCUUGGGGCUUGUACGGCAAUGAUGACGAACUUGGGACUCUAAACAUUCUGAACAGUGAUUGUGUCGUCAGAGCGAGAACUGAGAUUCAGCAAGGUAUUAGCAUUAGUCUCAAUCUACCGCUCGAUAUACCAAGCGUUCCUAUGAAUGCAGAGCGAAAACCCUGCCAUCAUAAGUUCAACAUUAAGCCACGUUCUAAUGAUGAUGAAUUGGAUAUUAAUACACAAAGCUCUACCCAUUGGGAUGGACUCAGGCACGUGGGAUAUCAGACAGAGCGAUUAUUCUACAACGGCAUGACACAGGGCGAAAUUAGGGGAGCUCGAUCUAGUGAUCGUCUUGGUAUUCAUAACCUCUCACGACGAGCUAUUGCUGGUCGAGGAGUACUACUCGACUACCGUUCGUGGGCCGCUUCCAACGGGAAAGAGUACGACGCUUUCACUAACCAUCGAGUGACCGUCAGUGAACUUCUUCAAUGUGCUAAAUCCCAAAAUGUUCAAUUCCAAGUAGGCGAUAUUCUGCUGAUCCGAUUCGGUUGGACCGAGGAUUACCUUAAAAGAAAUGAGGCAGAGAGAAAAGAAUUGGGUGGGAGAGAGACACGUACUUUCGUUGGCGUUGAGAAUACUCUGGAGAUGGCAAAAUGGCAUUGGGAAAAUGGGUUUGCAGCUGUGGCAUCGGAUACAAACGCUUAUGAAGCCUGGUUCCCAGAUACAAAAUCAGAUUUGGGUUACUCAUUGCAUGAAAUCUUCUUGGCUGGAUGGGGUAUGCCUAUCGGUGAAUUAUGGGAUCUCGAAAAUCUAGCGGCUGAGUGCAAAAGACUCGGAAGAUGGUCAUUUUUCCUAACUAGUCAACCUCUUAACAUUUCUGGGGGAGUAGCUAGUCCAAGUAAUGCAAUGGCAAUCCUCUAA